CCCGGAUAGCUACUUCAAAGUUAACCUAGCCUCUCGUAAUAUUACCCCCCAUUUGAUCCGCUCGGCUGCCAUUGUUCGUAACAGUACUGGUAGUUACAUGGGUCAUGCCACUCACGUGGUUCACCACGGUCAUACUACCGAUGCUACUUAUGAUGCUUUAGACUAUAUUAUUCCCCUCCUAAGAAAAUUUAACACUCUUAAUUUCAUUUUUGAGGUGGAAGAUAGUAAUGUCUACGAAGGACUUCAGGGGAUCUCUAUACAGCAUUGGACAUAUUGGUCGCAGAUCCGAAACAUACGCAGAAAACUUGGAAGCUAUAACUGGACCAUUACUCACGUCAACCCAACCAUCAACAAGGCAGCUGAUUUUCUUGCAUACCGUUGCAUGUCUAUUAAAACCAAUACUCAUCAUUUUAAUCAUUUUGUGGGCAU